AUGCCGUGUUCUGCUGCUGCAGCCGCUGCUGCUGCUGCUGUUAAAGGCGUAGCAGGACCACGAGCAGCAGCAGCAGCAGCACGAGCAGCUGCAGCAACCAGGGCUGCUGCAGCGGGACGAAGAUUCCCCAGAAGGCAGCGUCCGGCUGCUGCUGCUGAUGCUUCUGCUGCUGCUCCUCGUGUCAAACAGCAACAGCAAGAGCAGCCGCAGCAGCAAAAUUCCCCUUCCCCUUUUCAUUUGCAUGGCCUAAAUAGCCAUGCUCGCACGAGCCGGCUGCUGCUGGUGCAGCAGCAGCUAAAUGCAGCAGCAGCAACAGCAGCAACAGGCCCCCCUGCUGCGCACUUGCAGCAGAAACGCGCAAUCUCUUUCAUUCCUCGGUGGAAAUUAUCUCAGCAGCGGCAGCAGCAACAGCAGCAGCAGCAGCAGCAGACAGGGGCUCCAUUCACCGAGGAAGAACAAGCAGCUGGCCACAACGAGAGCAGCAGCAGCAGCAGCAGCAGCAACGGUAGCAGUGAGCGCGCCGCUGACGCAAACCAUUCAGCAGCUCCUGAGAACGCUCAGGAGCAGCAGCAGCAAGCAGCGGCAGCAGCAGGCAGUGAACCAGCAGCAGACGCACCAAAUAGCAGCACCAGCAGCAGCAGCAGUAGCAGCAGUAGCAGCAACAGCAGCUGGCAGGGGUUGACAGAUCGUUUGCUGCCUUUGCGUCGCUCCGCAGCUGCAGCUGCUGAUGCUGCAGCAGCAGGUACCGCUGCAGCAGAUGCUGCUACAGCAGCAUCUGCUGCAGCGGGUGCUGCUGUGGCAAGGAGUCGCGCGGCAAGGUCUGCCUCCCAUGCAGCAGAAGCAGCAGCAGCAGAGGCAGCAGCAGCAGCAGCAGCCGCAGACCCAGCAGCAAAAGAACAAGCUGCUGCGGCUGGGCAGCAUGCAGCGCGGAUCCCUGAAGCGGUGCCCAGAUCAGCAGCAGCAGCAGGAGGAGCAGCAGCAGCAGCAGCAGGAGCCCCGUUAGGUGCUGCAGCUGCUUGGCGGCAGCCGCAGCAGCUGCAGCAAGAGCUGCUGCAUUUGCUGCAGCGAGCAGCAGCACUUGAACGCAGCAUUGUGAACAACAGGAGGAAGCCCCUUGUGCUGAUACUAGCGGGGGCAGCUGCUGUUGCUGCUGCUGCAGUGGUGGCCCAGUGGGAGCGGGUGCGGCGGCGCGUGGGGAUUGAAGGGGCCGAAGUUAUCAAAGAGGGAAUGAAGAGUCAGCAGCUGCAGUUCACAGCUGCGGAGUUCUCCAAGCAGCUGCUAGACGAUAUACUUGCAGACAAAAACCUGCAGCAGCAAGCCAGCCGGUGGCUGCUGUCUUUUCUGGAAGACAACAGAGAAGCUUUUGCUGCUGCUCUUUCGGGUUUGCUGCAGACGGACGUGCUGCAGCAGUCCGUCUACGCUUUGGCCCUCAACCUCCUCAAUUAUUUGUCCACCAAUGAGGCAGCACAAAAGAGCAUCUCCGACUUGCUGGUCUAUGCCAUAUUCCUCCCUUCAGCCCAAACUGCUGCUGCUCUUUGGAUCUCUUCAGUCUUCAGCAGACAAGACGUAGCAGAAGCAGCGCGGACUUUUGUUGCCAAUGAAGUUCUAAACAACUCUUAUUUGUAUGACCAGCUUUGCCUGACUCUGGCCCGGGCCUCGUGGGACGUUUUGCAAAUGGAAACAACAACUAUCUUAUCUCGAGAUGUAGUCAUGCAGGUGCUGAAGGACCCUGAGCUGCAGGACUACGCGACUACGCUGCUGUGGCAGAUAUUCAAAUCUGUGUUGCAGCUACGCUGGCUCGGAAAUCGCAGCAGCAACAGCAGCAGCAGCGAGCCGUCAGCAGCAACAGCAGCAGCAGAAGCUGGCCCGUCAUCUUCACAGCAGGCAGCUGCAGCAAGCGAAGAGGCACUUGCUGCUGCUGGUGCUGGUCCCGAGCGGCUGCAGCAGCUGCUGCUGCUAGAUGAUUUGCUGCUGCAGUACGGCGACAGCAGCGGACUCGCCAACGGAGAGGCUGCUCUGCUGCAGCAGCUGCGCCUGGGGCUCAAGAGCCGCAUAACAGCAGCGCAGCAGCAACAGCAACAGCAGCAACAGCAGCAGCAACAGCAGCAGCAGCAGGACACUCCGCCUAGAGACGUAGACGAAACUGCUGGCGCUCCAGGCAGCGAUGGCUCGAGGGAACAGGAGCAGCAGCAGCAGGAACAGCAGCAGCAAGCAGAGCGGCAGCAGCAGGACCAGCAGCAGCACGAGCAGAAGCAGCAGGAACAGCAGCAGCAGCAGCAGCAGCUAGCCUGUCAAGAGACAGAGACAGAUCAUUCCGAAGAUAAGAGCGAACUGAACGAGCAGCAGCUGCAUCAGGAACAGCAGCAGCAGCAGCAGGAUGCGCAGCAGACUGCUAAGGAAGGGCAACAGGAAGAUUCUAUUCAGCAGCAGCAGCAGCAGCACGUAGGCAGUAAGGACGUACUGCAGCUGAUUCAGCAGCAGCACUUGGAUGCUGCGGAGCAGCUGCUCGAAACAGACAGGCAAGGACUGCAGCAGCAGCAGCAGCAGCAGCAGCAGCCUGGAAAGACAGAAGCAGCAGCAGCAGCGUCUGCCACUGUUUCUGCGGGAGCUGCAGCAGAAGCAGAAGCAGCAGCAGCAGCAGAAGCAGCAGCAGCAGCAGAAGCAGCAGCAGCAGCAGCGGAAAACUUAACGGGCCAGAGGGAAUCUACUGCUUCGAAGCAAGACGACAGCGGCCCUGCAGCAGCUAUAUUACAGGCUGCUGCAGCAGCUGCUGCUGCUGCUGCUGCGCCAUCUUCCGAAGGAGGUCCAGGUGCUGCAGCUUCUGAAGCAGAGACAGCAGCAACAGCAGCAAGUGCAGCAGCAGCAGCAGCAAAAGCUGCUCUCAUCUCCGUCGGCGCGGCGCUGCGGCGGGCAGGCCUGCGGGCGUUUCAGGGGACAGCAGCAGCAGCACAUGCUGCUGCUGCUGCUGUGUCACUUUUGGCUUAUGCGUCGGAGCUGGAUCUGCUGCUGCAGCAGCUGGAAGAAGACGAGGAGCAGCAGCUGCAGCAGCAGCAGGACUUGCUGCUGCUGCAGCAGCACGGAGGAGCUGCAAGCGAGCCCGCAGGAGCUGCUGCUGAGCUCCGUCAGCUGGCAGCAGCAGCGUGGGCGAUGAUUAGGGCACAGGCUCAUUUGCUGCUGCUGCAAAGGCACAGCAGCAGCAGCAGCAACAACAGAAACACCAGCAGCAGCAGCAGCAACGAGCAGACAGGAGAGCUCCAGUAA